CAGCACACACAUGAGCUUGUUUGUUAAAUAAUAAAUGUCGCUGCUUGUCAUUAGCUACUGCGUCAUGCACAUAUGUUUAUGAAUGCGAUAUUUAUAGUUUUGUCAACUAUAUUUUUUUAAUUGUAUUAAUUUGCUUAUAAUUUAUAUAUAUACAUAUAUUAAUAUAAGAAAGGUUCUUACAACAGAUUAAAUUAAACAAAAUGUCUUUGAUAGAAGGUGUUGGGGAUGAAGUUACAGAUUUUUUUAUUGUUUUGAGUAUAAUAUUGGUAGCUUGGUUUGCUUGGUGUUCUACAAAUAUUGCUGAUCAACCAAUAAUACGCACAGUACUUAUAUUGCAACAUCGAACACGCACAAGCAUUACAGAACUAAGAGCAAGUCAAAACACCAUUACUCUUAAUCAAUCUCGUAAUUUGGAAAUAUCAGAAGAAGAUUCUAUAGAAACUAAUACUAUUGAAAAUAAUCAUUCAGAAUCAAGCUGUCCAGAAACAUCUGUUGGAGAUGCUACUACUCCAGCAUUACGUAGAGUACCAGAACCUACAACUUCUGAAGAAAUUCUCAUUGAAACUAUGGAUUCAUUUAAUAACGAAGAAACAAUAGCAUUAGAAAAACCUAAUAAGGAAAGUUCUACAGAUGAAUCUAACUUAACAGAGUCGAUGUGUACUAGUACAGAAUGUCCAUCUGACAACUUGUCAACUGCCAAUGCUAAUGAAAUUAGUAUAAAAUUAAAAUUUAUAAAUGACGAUCAAAAAGUCGUGACAGGAAGUCUUAAAGAAAUGCUUGGAGACUUCAAAAGACGACACUUUCAAGUAGAACUUGACUCCCAAAAGUUGGUGCGCUUAGUAUUUAAAGGUCAAGUGCUUCAACCGGAUAGUCAAACAUUAGAAAGAUGUGGUCUUUAUAAUCAUUGUGUAGUUCAUUGUUUAGUACAUCAACCACGGCCAGCAACAACAUCAUCGAGACCUCAUACAUUGGAAGAUUCAUCGAUUUACUUUAAUACACAGACUUUUCAAGAUCUCCCUGCGGGUAAUGGAGUCAGCUCUGUACAUAAUGAAUGGGAUUUAAGUAGGCUCUUAAUGAGCAUUUUGGCACUCAUCUUAGGUCUUGCUUGGUAUUCUCGUUAUCAUUAUGCCCAAUUUUUUACUGCGACAGCUACAAUUGUAUUAUAUGCACUCACUGCAAUAUUCACAGUUCCUUUGUUUAGCAAUUUUUUUCCUGAUCAAGAUAGCAUUAGAAACAUCGAGUGAAUUGAUAUUACUACGUUAUUAUUCAAAUAAUUGUUCAAACAAAUUUUACUGAUCAUAAAUAUUAUUGAUAAGUAACAAGAAUGGACUUUCAGCACUCUCGUAUUACUUAUUGAUUUAUGCAGAAACAUCAUCGAUAUAACGAAUAAAUAUAUAAACAAAAAAAAUGUGAUUUUUCUAAUAGCUUACAAGUAACUUUGCUGAACAAAAAAAACUCAAACAAGUGAUUAAUAUAUAUAUAUAUAUAUAUGUAUAAUAUGAUGUAGUAAGAUAUGAAAUCUAUAUUGAAUUAUUUCAGCUUUAAUGAUAAUCUCUAAAGAAAAGAAAAAAAAAUUUAGAAAGUCUAAAUAAAAGAAAAGAAAUGUUAAUUAUUUUAUGAAAAAGAUCAGCAACCAAGAAAAUAGAGUAUGGUUGUAUCCUGGUGCUCUUUAUGUUAUUAUUUCUUUAUUUACUGUUAUGUAUUUAUUAAUAUAAUUAUUAUUAUUUUUAAUAUACUAAU